UUCUUACUGGCUGUUAAAGUCAUGAUUUUUUUCCAAAGUGCUCAAAUUAAUUUAGUGUUGUCAUUUAGUUAUCAGUUUCGGAAGCGAUGGAGAGGAGAAAUCUUUAUCAUUCAGGGCUAGAAAUGUCUGAUCCAGGCGUCCUGUACUCCUAGGUCCUUCAACUCGUUUCUAAGAAAGAACUAUUGAAGCAAGUUCAGAAGAUGAGUCCUUGGCCCUUGAAAGGUUUACUCCAGGUGGCGCAACCUAGACGGGAGUCCGAGGAACUAAACGACGUCGGCUACUCCGAAAUUGGAGUGCUGGCCCUUUAAAGUGGCGCGUCUGGGCGUCGAUAGCGGAAGUCCGGCUCGGGAAGGGCGGAAGUGGAGUGCUAAUCCCGGCGGUCAUGGCGCAAGAGAGUGAAGACGAGAGAGACUACAAUUUGACUGAGAAGCAGAAGGCGGUCAAGGCCAAAUAUCCUCCACUUAAUCGGAAGUAUGAGUAUUUGGACCACACAGCUGAUGUUCAGCUACAUGCAUGGGGGUCUACUCUGGAGGAAGCGUUUGAGCAGUGUGCAAUGGCCAUGUUUGGUUACAUGACAGAUACCGGGACUGUUGAGCCUCUCCACACAGUGGAAGUUGAAACUCAAGGGGAUGACUUGCAGUCUCUUCUGUUUCACUUUUUGGAUGAGUGGCUUUAUAAGUUCAGUGCUGAUGAGUUCUUCAUACCCCGGGAAGUCAAAGUACUCAGUAUUGAUCAGAGUACCUUCAAGUUGCGAUCAAUUGGAUGGGGAGAAGAAUUUUCAUUGUCCAAGCACCCUCAGGGAACGGAAGUCAAGGCAAUAACCUAUUCAGCAAUGCAGGUCUAUAAUGAAGAGAAGCCAGAAGUUUUUGUGAUCAUUGACAUCUGAGAUGCAGAGAAGAGGUGGCUCUGAAGAGCUGUUCUUCUUUCCGGGAAGAUAGCCACGAUUUGACUUCUACACUAAAUGGAAACAUCCAGAACAAAACAAAUUAGAGUGUGACUUUUCAGAACUGGAAAAUCCAGAGCAGACUCGGUCAGUGUUGCUUGAAUAGUCAAACCUUCAAGGAUUCUUGGGUGGCAGGGAUGGGGUCUCCCAUCGGUGGAACACUGAGGUGAGCAGUCCCAGAGGCCCCUCCCCCAGUGAGGCUGGCUGUGGGAGCCAGGCUUCCACACACAAGCUCUGCCUUGCCCAGCUCCAUGUUCUUACCAAGCCCAGUUUGGAAAAAAAAGAUACAAGAAUUUGAGAGAAUAUAUUCUUAUGCCUAGGAUUUUGUUCUUCCAAGUUGAUUAAAGCAAAUAAAUGACAAAAAGUUAAUGGAAA